AGUUCUUGUUAUAUCUGUAGUCUCUUGUUAUUGAUGUGUAGACCAAAUUAAAGAAAAUGUUAUCCCUUUUUUCAUCUUUGGUACCCCUUCUACUGCUGCUGGGGAUCUCCUUAUUCGUUUUCAAUGUUUUUAGUGGUGGCAACAUGUGGACUACCGAGGAAGCUUAUGCAGACAAAAGAAUGUGUUCAUCUGGGUGGUGUGGGAGGCAUGAUAUAAGGUACCCUUUCAGGCUGAAUAAUAGUAGUCCAAGCCACUGUGGUGACCACAGGUACACCCUCUCUUGCGAGGAUCAUCACCAACUUUUCCUGUAUUGGAAAUCAGCCAAGUUCAGUGUUCAAUCAAUUAACUACAACAACUACACUAUCCGAUUAGUGGAUGCAAAUUUUGCCUUACUACAUAUGCAUCAUCAUCACUACUACUCUAACUCUUCCCCACUCCUUAAUUAUUCCUUAGCUUCCUACAAUUUCAGUGAUUAUGAAACUGAUGAGCCGUAUCAGUAUUUGUUAUACAAAGUGAAUGGAGAUAGGCUUAUGGUCAUGAAGCAGAUGAUAUAUGUGAGGUGCAUCAACGACACUUUCUAUGUGAAUUUUGAUGGCAAGUCUCUGUGGGAAUUGGGGCUGAGAGACUCCUGUUAUGUAGAGUGGAUGUAUCCAACAUCUUGGCCUCACGAUGAAGAAUGCAAAAUCAACAACAUUUCAUGUAGAGACAACCGCAACAUGCUUCUCUAUGGUUUUGAACUUUCUUGGGCAGUUAGUUCUUGCAACCGUUACUUUCGGGACCAAGUCGAGAUCGAUGAUCAUAACAACGUUUUGUGUUAUCCUGUUUUUAUGCCACUAUUUGCAGGUACUCUAAUUGGAGGAAUAACUUUGUAUGUUCUUCUCAAAUUUUUACUAGUUGGAGUUCCAUUCAUCAUUCUUUUAUGCAUAUAUAAAUGGCGACGGAGGCAUUUAUCUGUGUAUUCGACUAUUGAAGAUUUUCUUCGAAGCGACAAUAGUAUUAUGCCAAUUAGAUACUCCUACAAGGAUAUCAAGAACAUAACUGGAGUGUUCAAGACAAAACUUGGGAAUGGAGGCUACGGUUCUGUCUUCCAAGGAAAACUUCGAAGUGGUCGCCUUGUAGCCGUCAAGUUGUUGAAUAAGGCUAAAUCCAAUGGCCAAGAAUUUAUCAAUGAAGUUGCUACUAUUGGUAGAAUUCACCAUGUCAACAUAGUGCAACUUAUUGGUUUCUGCAUAGAGGGAUCAAAGCGUGCUCUCAUAUAUGAGCUGAUGGAAAAUGGAUCAUUAGAAAAAUACAUAUUUUUCCCUAAGAAUGAUUCCUUAAGUUGUGAAAAGCUCUACACCAUUUCCCUUAGAAUAGCACGUGGUAUUGAAUACUUGCAUAAUGGGUGUGACAUGAAAAUUCUGCACUUUGAUAUCAAGCCUCACAACAUUCUUUUGGAUGAUAACUUCAACCCAAAAGUCUCUGACUUUGGACUUGCAAGGCUAUCUCCCACUGAUAAAAGCAUUGUGUCACUGACUGCAGCAAGAGGAACCAUAGGGUACAUGGCUCCUGAGCUUUUCUACAGAAAUGUUGGCGCAAUCUCAUAUAAAGCCGAUGUCUAUAGCUUUGGGAUGUUGUUAAUGGAGAUGGCUAGUAGAAGGAAGAAUUUGAAUGCACAGACUGAAAAUUCCAGCCAGAUAUAUUUUCCCUUUUGGGUUUACGAUGAAUUGCAGGAUGGAAGGGAAAUAACAAUAGAAAAUGAUUCAGAUGAAGAGAUGAAGUUGGCAAAAAGAAUGAUGAUUGUGGCAUUGUGGUGUAUACAAACAAGGCCUAAUGAUCGACCUUCAAUGAAGAGAGUUGUGGAGAUGCUUGAACAAGACGAUGACUUAGAAAUGCCUCCAAAACCAUACUUCUACCCACUUGACGCACCCACAGAAGAGAAUGUUGAACAUACUACAACUCAUAACAGUUCAAAGUUAUCCUCUGAUGACAUCUCUUCAGUCAGUGAUUCAAAGGAAUAAAAAUAAUCUGUUUGGACUCUACUUUGAUAUAAUGUUGCAUGCUCUGUAGCUAGCUACCUUGUGUCUUUGGCUAUGUCGUCUAUAUUAGUAUUUCUGAUGUAUAUGAUGACAAGAUAUUGGUUCCUAUGUCCUCUUCCAUAUAUACUUUCUCAUCAACUUA